CACCCCGGCCGCGACGCUCCCCCCCGCUUUUCUCCCGUCCCUCCCUCCCCAAAAUGAGGAAACCGAGCAACUUGCUCCAAGUUGUACAGCCGGAGCCGCCUUGGGGUACGCAACGGGCGCGCAGGGUCCCCCCUGAGCAGGGAAGACCCCACUUCUUCCUUGCGUGGCACCCCCCACCCAUCUCAGCCAGGAUGCCGAUGAGGCGCUGGGCCCCGGGCACCCAAUGCAUCACCAAGUGUGAGCACACGCGCCCCAAGACGGGCGAGCUGGCUUUCCACAAGGGUGACGUGGUCACCGUCCUGGAGGCCUGCGAGACCAAGGGCUGGUACCGCGCCAAGCACCACGCCAGCGGGCAGGAGGGGCUGCUGGCGGCCGGCGCCCUGCGCGAGCGCGAGGCCCUGCCCGCCGACCCCCGGCUCAGCCUCAUGCCCUGGUUCCACGGGAAGAUCUCGGGCCACGAGGCCGUGCAGCAGCUGCAGCCGCCCGAGGAUGGGCUGUUUCUGGUGCGAGAGUCCGCACGACACGCCGGGGACUAUGUGCUGUGCGUCAGCUUCGGCCGCGACGUCGUCCACUACCGCGUGCUGCACCGCGACGGUCACCUCACCAUCGACGAGGCCGUCUGCUUCUGCAACCUCAUGGACAUGGUGGAGCAUUACAGCAAAGACAAGGGGGCCAUUUGCACGAGGCUCAUCAGACCCAAGCGGAAACAGGGCACCAAGUCGGCGGAGGAGGAGCUGGCCAAGGCUGGCUGGUUACUGAAUCUGCAGCAUCUAACCUUGGGAGCCCAGAUCGGAGAGGGGGAGUUUGGAGCCGUCCUGCAGGGCGAGUAUCUGGGGCAGAAGGUGGCGGUGAAGAACAUCAAGUGUGACGUGACGGCCCAGGCCUUCCUGGACGAGACGGCGGUCAUGACGAAGCUGCAGCAUAAGAACCUGGUGCGUCUCCUGGGCGUGAUCCUGCACCAGGGACUCUACAUCGUCAUGGAGCACGUGAGCAAGGGCAACCUGGUCAACUUCCUGCGGACACGGGGCCGGGCCCUGGUCAACACGGCCCAGCUCCUCCAGUUCUCCCUGCACGUGGCUGAAGGCAUGGAGUACCUGGAAAGCAAGAAGCUGGUCCACCGCGACCUCGCGGCCCGCAAUAUCCUCGUCUCCAAGGACCUCGUGGCCAAGGUCAGCGACUUCGGCCUGGCCAAAGCCGAGAGGAAGGGGCUGGACUCCAGCCGGUUGCCUGUCAAGUGGACGGCGCCCGAGGCUCUGAGGCUCGGGAAGUUCUCCAGCAAGUCGGAUGUCUGGAGUUUCGGGGUCCUGCUGUGGGAGGUGUUCUCGUACGGCCGGGCUCCGUACCCCAAGAUGUCACUGAAGGAGGUGUCCGAGGCCGUGGGGAGGGGUUACCGCAUGGAGCCCCCUGAAGGCUGCCCGGGCCCCGUCCACGCCCUCAUGGGCAGCUGCUGGGAGGCAGAACCCGCCCGUCGGCCGCCCUUCCGGAAGCUGGUGGAGAAGCUGGCACGGGAGCUGCGUGCUGCGGGCACCCCAGUCUCCGCUGGGGGGCAGGACGCUGAGGGCUCCCCCUCGCCCGGCUGCCAGGACACCUGAUGGCACUGGCGGGGGCUGCGGGCCCCAGAGGACCGAGAGAGAGUGGGGGCACCGGGCAGGUGGGGGGCGCCCAGGCCAUGCCCCAGGUGGUCAGGGCCGGCUCGAAGGCCCUCCCGGCUCAGGGACAGGGGCAGGCC